AUGGUUGUUAACGCUCCGGAUACUCCUACACAGGCAGGAGUAAUUUUUGUUAUAGAAACUACAUCUGCUAAUAGCGCGUUUAUAUCUGAGUUAAAAACAAAUUAUAUCGUGCCAACAUUAGAGUACUUCCAUGGCGGAGCCAUAGAAGAAGGUAUUGGCAGUGGUUCAGUGUAUGGUAUUGUAACAUACCAGGCUGCGGAUUGUCAUCCCGACCUCCCCGUAUCCACAUUUGGCCCAUUUACAUGCCCCAAGAGUGUUGUGGAUACUAUUGAUAAUUUAGAGUUUAUAGGAGGUCACGCGGAGAGCAGGGCGUGUGUAACAGAGGCAUUAACAGCUGCUGUAGCAUGCUUUGAAGAUAUAGGCCGGUCGGACAUUCCACUACACGUGGUACUACUGUGCUGUUCGCCUCCAUACUCAGCGUAUACCGGAGGUUUAGUGCCACCAGGAGCACCAGCAACAGUAGAACAGGCGGCAAAACUUUUAGGUGAACGUGGAAUACAUCUCUCAGUAGCAGCGUCUAAAAAGUUACCGGCUCUUCUGGCCCUGUAUGAGCAUGCCGGGGGCGAGCUACAUACUGCCCAGCAGAGGAAUUAUGCUAAGGACCCUCGUCACCUGGUGCUGCUGCGCGGCUACAGUCUCAAAGAGCGACCGCCCAGCCCAGCACCACCUCCAGUGCCUGAAGUACAACCGGAAACGUUUGUGCAAGCCCCCCGCCCUCCUGUGCCUACAAUAAGGGCCCCCUCAGCGCAGUUUAACCCCCGGUCCGUGGGUCCAGUGAGGAACAACUGGAUGGCCCCCCGACCGGCGCCCUAUGCUAACUCUGCACUACUGACUCAACUGUCGCAGCCUUCCUACCCGCCGCCUACACAGGCGAGUAUGCAGCGCACCCCCAUCCCCCAGGCGGGUCCGUCGUCCGGCGUGUUCGCUGGAGCCCAGCGGACGUUUAUAUGGAGUGGCCUGCUCGAGUGGCUGGAGAAGGGGAAGGCGGCUGGAGAGCAGAAGGUCUUGAGGCAUCUACCUUGCCAGGUAUCAGCUAAUUCAAAAGAUAUAGAACCUGAACUAAAAGUGGACACUUGGCCCAAUAAACUAUUGAUGCAGCUCAUGCACAAACAGAUUAUCAGCAACAUCGGUGGACAGUAUCUGAAAGAUAGCAAAUCAGUGCUAUUUCAUUUUCAGCAGAAUGAAGCUCUCGAAUCUCUUACUAAAGUUAUGAUUAAUGGUUUCGCGGGAUGUGUACAUUUUACACCUUCAACGACACCCCAACAGUGUGACAUCAGGGUGUUGAUACUGCUGUACACGCCAGACAAGAAAGCCUACCUCGGCUUCAUACCGAACAAUCAGGCUACGUUUGUAGACCGAAUGAAAAAGGUAAUUCAGCAGCAGAAAAUAAAUACCCGAAUGCCGACGGCCACUACCAUGACUGGUACCCAAAAUUUAGGUGCAGUUAGUAUGUCAUCAGGGAUGGGUCAGAUUAACAAUACGGGUAUGACGAUAUCGAUGCCGGCCAUGUCGUCGAUAUCGAAUCAGCAAUCUCAACAGCAUCAGCAAUCUCAGCAGCAUCAGCAAUCUCAGCAGCAUCAGCAGGGUAUGAUGAUAAACAGCAACAUGGGCUCUCAAGUUAGCCAAGUAAAUCAAGUUCAGAUAAACCAAGUGAAUCAAGUCGGGCAAGUGGGUCAAGUGGGGCAGCUGGGGGGCAAGGGUCCGCGCGCCGCGCCGAUGGACGGGCUAGAGGCCGCGCGACAGCAGAACCUGGAGAAGAUCCAGCACCUGCAGCAGACGCUAGAGGCGGCGCACCAGCAGGAGGCGCAGUUUAAGUCGCAGAUGGAUAUCGUGUCGCACCUGCAUGCUGCACAGCAGCAGGAGCAGCACUACAAGCAGCUGGAGGAGCAACAACGCAAAGCUCAGCUACAGGCCCACAUGCAACAAAUGCGUGGACCUAAUCCUCGCCUGGUCCGUCCAAUGCUACCCGCAAACCCUGGUCUGAGGCAUUUGUUGCAACAGCAGCCACAGUACAGGCCGGGGACCGCGGCGGUGCGGCCGAGCGCUCAAACACAACAAUAUGACGAUAUGAGUAAUUACAAUGACUUUAUGUAAAAUAUAAAAUAUUUUAACA